GAAGAAGAAGAAGAAGCAGGGGAACAAUUUGUAGUCAGGAGGAUACGUUAAAGCGCAAAGCAUUGCAAUGGACUACUGUAACAGCAGAUAGUAUUUGUAUCAAGUCCAACUUGGAUACUUGUCAUCGUUGUAUGAAGAUGAGAAGUUGAUCGGUGAACUUUCCAGCUUGUCAUCUGAAAUGGGUUUAAAACUUCUUUUGGCCGUCGUAUGGCUUGUUUCCAUCCAGCUGACCCUGUCAUCUGCAGAGCCCCGGUCGUUUUCAAUUGACUACAAGAACAACUGCUUCCUGAAAGAUGGCAAGCCGUUUCAGUACGUCUCCGGGAGCAUCCACUACUCGCGUAUCCCGAGUUACUACUGGAAGGACCGACUGCUCAAGAUGUACAUGACUGGCCUCAACGCCAUACAAGUGUACGUGCCAUGGAACUUCCACGAGCCCGUGCGCGGAGUCUACGGUUUCCAAGGCGACCGGGACCUGGAGCACUUCCUGUCUCUAGCCAAUCAGACGGGCCUACUCGUCAUCCUGCGGCCCGGCCCCUACAUCUGCGCCGAGUGGGAAAUGGGUGGUCUGCCUGCAUGGUUGCUGGAGAAACCAAAUAUCCACCUGCGCACUGCUGAUGCAGACUACCUCGAGGCGGUGAGCAGCUGGUUUGCCGUGCUAUUGCCCAGGGUGAGCAAGUGGCUCUACAGCCGUGGGGGAAACAUCAUCUCCGUUCAGGUAGAGAAUGAAUAUGGCAGCUACUUUGCGUGCGACUACAAUUACCUGCGCCACCUGCAGACGUUGUUUCGGAGCUUUCUGGGCGAAGACACGCUGCUGUUCACCACGGAUGGCAACACGGACCGAGAGAUGAUGUGUGGCACGCUGGAGGGACUCUACGCCACAGUGGACUUCGGGACUGACACCAACGUCAGUGCAGCCUUCGCACGCCAGAGGAGGUUUGAACCAAAAGGCCCGCUGGUGAAUUCUGAGUUCUAUACGGGCUGGCUGGACCACUGGGGUGAAGCACACGCCUCUGUGGACACCAUGAGGGUCAGCAGGAUGCUGGAGGAGAUGCUGGCCAUGGGGGCCAACGUCAACAUGUACAUGUUUGAGGGAGGAACCAACUUCGGCUACUGGAACGGUGCGGACUAUGACUCCCGGUACCGUUCGGUGGUGACAAGUUAUGACUACAACGCCCCCCUGACGGAGGCGGGAGACCCCACUGACAAACUGCUGGCCAUCAGAGAGGUCAUCAGCAAGUUUCGGGAGAUUCCUGAAGGCCCCAUGCCCCCAGCCACGCCCAAAAUGGAGUACGGCUUUGUCACGCUACAGAGGGUGGGCAAUGUGAGUGGGCUGCUGGACGUGUUGACCCCCCAGGGCCCGGUGCAGUCCCAUUACCCCCUCACCUUCGAGGAGAUCAAACAUUAUUACGGCUUCGUGCUGUAUCGAACCAAGCUGCCGCAGAGCAUUCCAGAUGGCCAGCCUCUCAUCUCACCCCGAAACGGCAUCCACGACCGAGCAUACGUCUCCGUCAACGGGGUGUACCAGGGCCUGUUGGAGCGGGACACUGGGCUGGUGAUGAAUGUGACGGGUCAGGAGGGAGACCAACUGGACGUCCUGGUGGAGAACAUGGGCCGCGUCAACUUCGGAUCCAAGAUCAACGACAACAAGGGCAUCAUGGGAGAGCUCAUCCUCGGCAGUAACGUGCUCACCGAUUGGCUGAUAUUCCCGGUGGACCUCGACGGAGCCAUCUCACGCGGCUGGCCACACUCAGGUAUGCACCAUUGGCUGCCGCCUCAUCUGGGGGACGGACCUGCACUGUAUGAGACGCCUGAUUCGCUGGCUGGCGAUGAGGAGAUGCCAGAUUUGCUGGCUGGAGAAGGGGCUGGGCCUACAGUCUACAAGGGGAUUCUCCCCCCCAACGGGAUCGCAUGGGAUACCUACAUCAAACUCAUCGGCUGGACCAAGGGCCAGGUGUGGGUGAACGGGGUGAAUCUGGGUCGGUUCUGGCCCGCCAGAGGGCCGCAGCAGACUCUGUACGUUCCGGGCCCUCUGCUCAGCACCACCCGAUCCAACAACAUCACUGUGCUGGAGCUGGAGAAGGCGCCCACAACCACACGCCUGCUCUUCAUGGACAGACCACAGCUCAACGCCACUAUGGGGAAAUCAUAAUACACACAGCUAAGCGUUACGGCAGGGAGAACACACACACACACACACACACACACACCCUAAUCAAUAUCAUUCUUAGGAAAUCAUAACCACACACAGAAAUCAUGAACCAUCCACAUCUGUCUAGCAAUGCAGGGAACACACACACACACACACAUGUUGCAGCUGAGAAAUCAACACACAACCUCACUGAGGCUGCGAGCCAAAACUGCUGUUUUCAGAUCCAGGCCAACUCAUCAGUGUCAUGACUCAAUUCUCUCUCUCUCUCUCUCUCUCUCUCUCUCUCACACACACACACACACACACACACACACACACACACACACACACACACACACAAAUACACACAAAUAUUGACCUGGCCACAUACACACACCCCUACAGUACAGUCAAAGAAUGACUUCUCCAACAGGGCAUGCACACACACACCCCAAAGACUCACUUGCCCAAGACUGCAGCCUACAGUAAAUCUCGUUCAUCUCACUCUACUCUGUCCAACAAAGAUGCCUUACAACACACUUUGAAGAGAGAUUUUAUAAUGUUUAUUUUUUUAUUAUUAUAAUUUCUUUUCUUUACCAGUCCAUCCAGACACAUUUCAAGCAGCUUUCACAGGAGUUUAUGUAAACAUGACGGCCAACUGAAUGUCAUAGUCCCAUGUCUUGUAGAAAAAACGCCCUCUCGACUGUAAUUCUCGUGUUUUAUUUUAGUGGGUGGCAUGCCAGACAGACAUUUUGUCCCAAGCCUUCUUUCAGCAUAGAGGAAGGCUUGGGCCGAAAUGUUUUGUCUGUAAUGCUAACACACUAACAUAAAAAAAGACAAGAAUUAGUUGAGAGUGCUGCUUUUCUACAAGAAAUGUACAAAUACGUUUGCUUGCCCCCAAAGACCUUUUGUAAAAAAGUUUGGAGUUGAGAGCACUUUCUGAGAAAAAGUGUCAUAUUCCCAUGCCCAUAUCCCAAUCCCACCACGCCCCAUUGAUGAUGAUGCUGAUGAUAUUGUUUGCUGUGAUUCUCUUCUAUUCUGUAGAAACAAAUAAUGAUUGUGUAAAUACAUGUUUUUAAUGUACAAUAAAGAAAAUUACACAGCUUUUUAAAUGUCCUUUUUUUCCAUUGCAUCAAAUUUCGUAUAUUUUCAGGAACACUAAAUAAAUGCCAUUGAUCCCUAUGAUAAUGAUGCUGAUUACCAGUAUAUUGUUUGCUGUGAUCCUCUUUUUUCUGUAGAAACAAAUAUACAUAUAAUGAUGAUUGUGUAAAUACUUUUGCUUUUAAUUAGAAAUUAAGAAAUGUACACUACUUUUUAAAUAUAUUCUUUUUCUUUGUAUUAAAUCACUUCAUAUAAAAAACGACUGGAGGCACCAGGAUGGAUAUGGAGGUUAGUUAAGUAAAUGUAGAGUGGAGUAGAGCAGAAAUGUACAUCUACCACUCUUUGUGCUGGACUAAAAGGCAUACAUAACCACGCAAAUAAAGUCUGCAAGAACAGAGCUAUCAGUUUUCCUUUUUUACAAGCGGAUUCCAAAAACGUUGGGACACUUGGUAUUUAUGAAUAAAAUCAAAAUGCUUUCAUUUUCAAAACAUUCAAUCUGUUAAUAAGAGAGCAUUGAGCAAAGACAACAUAUCAGUUGUUAAAGCCAAGCAGAAUUAUGUUUUUUUAGGAAAAUGUAUGCUCAUUAAAAUUUCAUCCUGGCAACAAAUCCCAAAAAAGUAGGGACAGGCUCAAUAAAAUGCUUUUUAAGUUGGAUAAGGCUAAAAACAAGACAAAGGAGGAGAGUUAAUUACUUUCACUGGUGGCAUGCUUAUAUAUUUUUUAAAGCAUUUUUUCUGUGCAAUGCAUUAUUUCAGCAGCUCAACCAGUGGUAGGUGAGUUCUUGUUUUCCUUUUUGUUAUGCUUGCCCGUAAUAGUAGAUGGCAUAUUCUGACUGCUGUUAUAUGUUGACCUUGUGCUGUUGUGCAUGUAAAGCAUGGAUUGAAUGUUUUGAAAAAAAUGCAUUAUUUGGCUUUAAUUCACAAAACACCAAGUGUCCCAACUUUUUUGGAUGGCACUUCUAAAAGGUUCACAUUAUGAUAAGGAUUAGAUUGCUUCUUUUUUAUUUGUCUCUCUCAUUUUGAACUGUAGGCCAGAACAGCACAACCCCCCAAUGGCUGCACUGGUAUCCAUGAAGUCCUCAACAGUCAUUAUGGCCUCAUGACUACAGGCGACACUCCAGAGCAGUACACCUCAAUGGUUGAACUCUUAAUAGUCUUAAAACACGAGGAGGAGCAGAAUACCCCAUACCUGACUUGAACUCAGGUUAGUCUUAUAUAAUCGGUCUUCAUGUAGUCUUAUAGUCAAUAUAGUCUUCAUGUCCUCCAGAGAGCAUUCCAAUGGCUACACUGCCACUGGAUGGAACCAGAUGUCUUCACUGUGUUGUAGAGAACAAAAUAUUGCAGGUGAAGAACACUGUGCAGCUCAUGCUCUAUGUACAGUCAGCAAGUCAACAUCGCAGACAUGGCCUCGAAAUACGACUCCUAUUACAGUAUGUGAGUGAGAUUGUUACGGUCACUGUUGGUGUGGUCGCUGGGUCCAACAAGGUCUCAGUCCAGUAGGUGAGAUGGAGAUGGAGGGCAGGGGUUGGGUGGAGUUCAUGGGCUUUC